GAGGCAAUGCUGCAUGGCGCGUGCCAUGGAAAGGGUGAAGAAGGAAGAAAAGGCAGUUUGCUCUGACAUCUAAGAUAGAGAAGUACACGUUGACCGCGACUCACUGCGCAUCAGUAGCAAAAUGCAACGGGAAGAACAAGAAAAGUCUCAGCCCCUGACAUCAGAAGUGGGAUCGGCUCAGGCCCAGCGUGAUAGUGAAUGGCGAUCGCUGUUAGAAGCACAAAAUCUACGAUUUAUCGAAAUACUAAAAACAAUGCAGCAGCCUGCUUCAACAAAUUCAAGUGAAAAAUUGAUUAGAUUGCCAAAGUUCAAUCCAGACGUGGCUGAAGCUGACGCCAGAGCCUGGCGCAAAACAGCCGAUAUGAUUUUCACGGAGCAUCCCCUGGAGGGCAGUGCGCUAGUUAUGUCGCUGAGCGGAGCACUAGAAGGGAGCGCUUCCCAAUGGCUGGCACAGAUCAGCUAUGCUGGCAUAACCUGGCCAAAAUUCCAAGAACUAUUUGUUCUUCGCUACGACAACUCGGAGACGCCGGCCGCCAUCUUGUUAAAUAUCUCGAAAACAGGCGAGUGCUUGUCAGCAUAUGGUAGCCGAUUACUGACGUCUCUUCUGACGAAAUGGAAGGCGAUGGACAUCGAGGAGAUAGCUGUCUCUUUCGUACUUGCACACACGUCGCAAAUCGACACUAGACUGCAGCGUCUACUGUUUACAACCAAUAUAACUAACAGAAAUGAACUGCAGCAGCAGUUGAAGGCGUAUGCAUACAGGAAGCAAAGUGAGCAUCUGGCUUCAGAGGAUUCGAUCGGCCCCAAAAGGAAGAGAUUCAAGGCAAACACAUCAAUGAAGUGCCAAUACUGUGGAAUUUCCGGACACAAAAUGCUGGAAUGCCGUAAGAGGAAGGCAGAACAAUCAAAACCAAGUAAAUCGUUUGGAAAACCACUGGCGGGACGAGACAGGACUGGAGUGACUUGCUUUAAAUGUGGAAUCGUCGGUCACAUUGCAUCCGCAUGUAUGAAGGGGACAGCAGCAACGAGUGGCAGAAUGAACGAGAAGCGAGUAGAUGUCUGUGCAGUGUUAGAGCCCAAAGGAAUUUUAUAUCUAUUUGGUAAGGCCUUUCCAUUCUUUUUCGACUCGGGUGCCGAGUGCUCCUUAAUGAAGGCAAAGCUAGCAGAGAAAUUCGCGAGAAAAAGACUAAAUAAUUUAGUCAUUCUAAAAGGAAUUGUCACAAACACUGUGCACUGUAAUUUACAAAUACUGUCCACCAUACAAAUUUGUCAAUUUAAUUUGGAAAUCAUGUUUAAUGUAGUUAAGGACGAGUAUUUGAAACAUGACGUAAUGAUUGGUAGUGAAAUCUUGGCACUAGGCUUUGGUAUAACGAUGGAUGCUGAUAAAUUUAAUAUUUUUAAAACUAAAGUAGUCAAUUCAAUAUCUGAUGAAACUAUUAUAAGUUAUGAUGAGCUAUUUGAUACAAAUUAUGAUUUAAGUGAUAAUGAUAAGUUGAAAUUGAAGAAUAUUAUUGAUCCAUAUACUGAACAUUUUAUUAUUGGAAUACCGACCAGACGUGUCACGACUGGAGAAUUAGAAAUUCGUUUAUUGGAUGCCAACAAGACUGUGCAGAGACGCCCAUAUCGACUUGGCGUAGAAGAAUUAGUUAGAGAUAAAAUCAAAGAAAUGUUGGCAGCAAAUGUAAUUCAUCCAAGUAAUUCUCCAUUCGCAGUGAAAAAGAAAGAUGGCAGUGAUCGGUUGUGCAUAGACUAUAGAGAGCUAAAUGCAAAUACAGUGGCUGACAAAUAUCCAUUGCCUCUAAUAUCAGAUCAAGUGAACAGACUGCGUGGGGGUAAAUACUUCUCUUGCUUAGAUAUGGCUAGUGGGUUUUAUCAGAUUCCAAUAGAUGCAGGAUCCAUAGAGCGAACCGCUUUUGUAACCCCUGAGGGCCAGUAUGAGUUUCUAUCCAUGCCAUUUGGGCUGAAGAAUGCCUCUUCUAUUUUUCAGCGAGCUAUAGCACGAGCACUUGGGUACUCCUAUGCAAUGGUUUACAUUGAUGAUGUAAACAUAGUAGCGAGGUCUAAAGAGGAAGCAUUUGAAAGACUAACAGUCAUGCUGGGGGUUCUAUCGGAAGCAGGAUUUUCAUUUAAUAUAAAAAAAUGCUCUUUUCUGAAAACCGAAAAAGAAUAUCUUGGCUACUUGGUCAAGGACGGUAGUAUUGAACCAAAUCCGCGAAAAAUACAAGCUCUGGCUGGAGUAUCUCAACCAAAGAAUGUGUCACAAUUGAGACAAUUUAUAGGUUUAGCUUCGUACUUCCGUAAAUUUGUCCCACAGUUCUCCCACAGUUCUCUGACUUCCAAAAAUAGUGGCUUCGUUUGGAAAUCAGAGCAUGAAGAAAUACGUCAAAAGAUUAUCUCAGUACUAACUCAUAUUCCUAUUUUAAUUAUCUUCGAUCCGCAAUAUCCCAUAGAGCUGCAUACAGAUGCAAGUGCAAGUCGCUAUGGUGCCAUUCUCAUGCACAAAAUAGACGGUAAGCCUAGAGUGAUCGAAUAUUUUAGCAAAUGUACUUCACCCCCAGAAUCGAGAUAUCAUUCUUACGAACUAGAGACCCUCGUAGUAUACAACGCUGUAAAAAGUUUCCGCCAUUACCUUCACGGUCGAAAGUUUGUAGUAUUUACAGACUGUAAUUCAUUAAAAGCAAGUCGAACCAAAGUAGAACUAACACCGAGAGUACACCGUUGGUGGGCAUAUUUACAAUCAUUUGACUUCACUGUAGAGUACCGCAAUGGAAACCGUAUGGCGCACGUGGACUUUUUAUCCAGAAAUCCGAUUGUCACUGAAUGUGAAACAAUGAAUAGGAUACCCGAAGUUCGCAUCGACUUGACAGAGUUGACAGACAACUGGCUUUUAGCUGCGCAGCAGCGUGAUUCGUGCUUAAGGGAAAUUAUAGCCCAGUUGAAUGGUGGAGAGAUGCAGGAGAGUUUAGCGAAGACAUAUGAGUUAAGGGCAGGAAUUCUAUCUCGGAAAAUUCAGAGAAAUGGAAAGACACGCUGUUUACCUGUAAUCCCAAGAGCCUUUAGGUGGUCUGUAGUAAAUCAUGUCCAUGAAGCAAUUAUGCAUUUGGGGUGGAAGAAAACGUUAGACAAGGUUUACGAGCAGUAUUGGUUCGAGCACAUGUCCAAGUACGUACGAAAAUUCGUAGAGAACUGCAUAACAUGCAAGCUGGCAAAGCCUUCAGCAGGGAAAAUUCAAAUGGAACUGCAUCCAAUUCCGAAAGUUGAGAUACCUUGGCACACUGUGCAUAUUGAUAUUAGUGGAAAGUUGAGUGGUAAAAAUGAUACUAAGGAAUAUGUCAUAGUACAAAUAGACGCAUUUACUAAAUAUGUUCACUUGUAUCAUACUUUGUAUUUAGAUUCAGAAAACUGUAUUAAGGCUUUAAAAUCAAGGAUAUCACUCUUUGGGGUACCUAACCGCAUCAUAGCAGAUCAAGGUAGGAGUUUGAUAGCAAGUAGGGACAAUGGACAUGUGGAGAGGCUCAUGAGCACGAUGAAAAGUAUGUUGACAGCGGUAGAGAUAGGUGAACGUUCCUGGCAGGAUGCACUUAGUGAGGUGCAGUUAGCCAUGAAUUGUACGACGAACAGGGUGACAAAGUAUAGCCCAUUGGAAUUAUUGAUUGGAAGAGAGGCCAGACCGAUGGGUUUAUUGCCAAUAAAUGAAGAAACUAAAAUAGAUUGUAAGCAAGCGAGGGCUCAGGCCAAAGAAAAUAUUGAAAUUAAUGCAAAAUAUGAGAAAAAUCGAGUUGAUAAGAGAUAAGAUAAGGCCAAGAUUGUAAAACACAAGGUUGGGGAUCAUGUCUUGCUGAGAAGUGAAGAGCGGCAUCAGACCAAACUGGAUCCUAAGUUCAAAGGACAUUUUGUGGUUGCCGAGUUGUUGAAAGGUGAUCGAUACCUGUUAAAAUCGUUGAAUAGCAAGCAAACGUAUAAGUAUUCACACGAAAGUUUGAGAAGGCUGCCAGACGAGCAAAUCUCUGAUGAGACCAUUGAGAGAGGUGACGGUGGUGAAAAAGACACUCGUCAGGACUCUGGCCGGACUAAAGCCUAUCCCAUCCGCGCCACCUACAGCACUCACCGUGACGAGGACACAAUCGCCACGUUCACCGUGGACACCGGAUCCCCCGCCGCCAGUCGGGAGACCCAGCCACUCCCACCUCAUCGUCCAGCAGCCAUCCGCGCGACGCCCACUACAGCAGCGGACACCCAGCCGCACCGUACACCGGGUGGACCGAUGAAAACGGACCUAAAACGAAAAGCGUCGGAGGACGCAGAAGAAAAACCAGCUCGAGGAGGGGAGCUUCUCCGCGUCCGACGACGCAUCCGCGACCCAAGCCAUGGGGAUCAGGUGGACGAACUGCGACCCCGGCUCGCAUCGUUCAUCGGAGGGUCCAACCACAGCCCGGCGCUGCGGGAACGCUUCGCCGCAUUGGAGGCCAUCUACCCUGAGGCUCCUACACCAAAGGGACUGACCAACCGGUCCACCUCACCGAUGCCCGGCGCAGGGGCAAACUUCUCUUCGUGCCGUCCCCAGAACAUCGUCACACGAGCCCAUACAGCGUCCGGAACAGCGACGUCCCACGGGCCAUCGCUGGCUUGCUAUCAGGCCGCGCCGAAGGCUGGUACCGAGCCUACCAGAUGCACGCCGGCCCGCCACCAGCAAGGCGGCGAGCCUUUCAAAUUCUAUGUGGUAGAACUACGCCUGAUGAUGCAACGGGCGAACUACUCGUUCGACCAGGAGCUCGAAAGGAUAUUCGAGAACCUGCUGCCGGAGUAUCAACUCUUCAUAAGGCGCCAGGAAUUCUUUUCACUGGAAGGGUUGACGCAACUAUCCACCGCGUUCGAAAUAGCUCGGGAUCGAGACCCAGUAAGACAAGCAGCACUAGUCCCAUCCGCCAGUGGUAGCUACACCACAAGGAGCAGCUCUCCGCGCGGCCCUCGCCGACGAGAGCCCAUACGACCAGUGACGACGCCUUUCGGCACACCGAGUCCAGCGAUAUCAAACCGGAUGAUUUCCCAGGAGGCGGAAACACCCGUCGACGUGGCCCGAGCCUGCAAUCGCUGCGCGGAGCGGACAAUAAGGACCAUCGAGGGGGUCACAAAGGGUCACAUCACGUCGAUCGCGGGCCAGAAACCAACCCCAGUUCCAUCCGAGCACUCGCCACCACCGAUCCUCCCCGGCACUACCACGGAAAUAACAACGGCCGAUGUCACCAUCAAGGAAAACCAGUACAACCUCCAGCCGCUACCGGAUGCCGCCGUGACCAUGAAAAGGAACCUUUUUCGGAAGUAUCUCACGAGUCAGGAACGCUUAGCCAGCACAACGACAGGAACGUCCCCCGACGACCCGGAUACGCCACAAUCUUCCCCGGGAAGCCCGAAGGGAAUUGGGAAGUAUCAACUACCCGCCCAACCGGACACAGAGAACGCUCAGAGGCGCAAUUCGUUCCGGAAGAAUUGCCCUCACGGACACCUGGCUACAGUCGCGGAAUGCCCGCCGGAAUCGCAAGUGUCUGAAGAACCUCUCGACGCGGAAUUGUAUCACCUGGCCCUCAAAUGGUUGAAUUCCAUUAACAAUCCCACGGGACGGAUAGCUCGGUGGGCAUUGGAACUUCAACAGUACCAGUUCGACGUACUUUACCGGAAGGGUAAAUACAACGUGGUCGCCGACGCCCUCUCCCGGCAACCACUCGGAAGACUUCAGUUACUCGCGGAACUUAAGUGCCACUGCAAAUGGUUAAGAAAAAUGCAGGAGCAGGUCCAAAUACGUCCCGAGAAAUUUCCGAACUACUCCCUGGAUAAUGGACAGCUUUAUAGACACAUAGGGCAUCCCACAGGCGUCAGGGUAGGCAACCACUGGAAGCUGUGCGUACCCCGAGAACAGCGUCAACGCGUACUAGGAGAAUGCCACGACCAUCCCUCCGCCGGGCACCUGGGCAUCCGGAAGACACUCAGGAGGAUCGCCCAACAUUACUUCUGGCCCGGACUCCAUCGGGACGUGGUACGGUAUGUCACUAGCUGUCUGACCUGCCAACAGUACAAGGUUAGCCAGCGUAAACCAGCUGGCAAGAUGCUCACUCGCCAACCAACGGAGCCGUUCGCGCUCGUCGGAGCCGACUUCGUUGAACCCCUUCCCCGGACCCGACGCGGAAACACCAUGCUCCUGGUUUUCAUCGAUAUAUUCUCCAAGCGGGUAGAGCUCAUCCCAUUGAAGAAGGCCAAUGCCGCCCAACUGGAGUUCGGAUUCCGAGAAAGGAUACUCUCUCGCUUUGGAGCCCCCAGGAGGUUGAUUUGUGACAACGGCACGCAAUUCACCAGUCGAAACUUCCGGGCGUUCUGCCGGAACAACGGUAUUCAACUGGAAUACACCGCUCCGUACUCCCCCCUGCAAAAUCCGACGGAGCGCGCUAACCGUACUAUCAAGACAAUGAUAGCACAAUAUGUGAAUCAGGAUCAUCGGACAUGGGAUCAACUACUGCCCGAGAUCUCCCUCGCCAUAAACACCAGCAUCUCAGAUAGCACGGGGUUUAGUCCGGCUUAUCUAGUACAAGGUCGGAAGACUAGAUUGCCAGGUGCCCUCUUCGAUGCGGUCGCACCCGAAUUACAUGCCUCGCCAUUGGACCCAACGGAACGAGCCAAAAGGCUUCAGGAAGCGUUCCGCACCGCCCUGGAAACCAAUUACAUAGCUUCUCAGGAACAAAGUCGAUACUACAACCUGAGGCGACGUGAGUGGCGACUCCAAAUAGGUUCACAGGUGCUAGUUCGUCUUCACCAUCUGUCCAAGGCCAACGAGGGUUUUAACGCAAAACUUGCACCGAAGUACGCGGGUCCAUUUAAGGUGGUGAAAUUUCUAUCAUCAAAUGUCGUGCGGCUACAGAAGGUAGACCGCCGGAAGAGGCGUACAGCUGGCAUAGGCGAUCUGAAGGAAUAUCAUCCGCGCGAAGAACAACACGACGACUCUACAGAAGACCCCAGGAGGAGGAAUUCUCAACCCACACUUGAUGACGUACCCGAUACAACUCUACCAGAGCAGACGUAA